UCGGGUCCAUUUGCCAGCCCUGAACAUCAAGAAAAAUCAAAACCUGAGCCCGCACAGAGUUCUAGCACCGCAUCGGAAAGAGCAUCUCGUCCCGCCUGCAUUAUUCUGGCCAACUUUUUCCGUCGGUUGUUGGCCAACCGAUCCCGAAGGGGAUCGAGCUAUGAAUCAGACUGUAUGCUUAGCUCCCUUUCUCCGGACCCACAGAAUCCGGGAACCGAAUCCGUCUCUAUUGCGGCUGCAACGGGAUCGGACCGACCGACAUUUGUAACCUCUACUGAGGAAAGGGAUCUGUGCCUCGCUGGACAUGUAAAGAGUUGGAAGGCUGGACAAAACGCUGCCUGA